AUGCCCGAGGUGAAACCUGAAAGAGUCUUGACCUUUAGUAGCGAAGACAGGGCUUUUCCUGCAGACAACUUACUUAAGUGUAAUGCCUUUUCUAAAUGGAAAUGUCAACAACCUGCUUCCAAGCAGGCUUCCGUUACAUUUAAAUUUGAGCGUCCUAUCCAGUUCAGUCGCUUAGACAUAGGGAACGAAGCCUCUGCCUUUGUUGAAAUCGAAGUUUCGCGUGCUGACUCCGCUGAAUUUGAGGUCCUUCUUCCUUCUUCGUCGUUCAUGUCCCCAAUGGAAGCCAAGAAAGCCGUCUCUCUUAACCGCGUUCGUAUUUUUUCUGGAAAUGAACUUACCCCCUCCGUUGCGAGCCAAAAAUGGGAUAUUGUGAGGGUCACGUGCACACAGCCCUUCAGCAAGGAGCUUCAAUAUGGACUUUCUUUUAUUCGGUUCUACCGUGUCCCUGAUCCGCAGGACAUGCCAAAAGAGGAUGAAGACAGAUCUAGCCAAGAUUCAGAUGGAGCUCUGAAACCCGGGGAUUUAUUUAAGCUCGCGAAGAAGCACAAUGGGGAACAGGAGGCAACCGCAACAACUAGCACCGAGACUAAGCCGGUGGAAUCCAAAACUGUUUUGAAUGCCCUCGGCACCAGCACACCGCCACAGCGACCGACCGCGUCCCAACCACCCGCAAGUGCUGCCAGUCCGCGCCCAGAACCCUCGACAAGUCAGAAACGGAGGCGCAUCCUCGAUGGCGUUGUGGUCGCCUUCAGCGGCUACAAAAAUCCCUUCAGGGCGGAACUGAGGGACUUGUGUUUGCGACUGGGGGCACAGUAUCGACAGGAGUGGACCGACGACUGCACCCACCUCAUAUGCGCCUUUCCAAACACUCCCAAGUGGAAUGCAGUGAAAGGAAAGGGAAUCAUUGCCUCUCACAAGUGGAUUCAGGCGUGCAACGCAACCAAACGUCGUGUUUCCUGGCGGCCCUAUCGUGUCGGUCGGGCUCCCAGUCCCGUUGGUCACGUAUCGGAUGACAACUCUGAGCCAAACGCCGAUGAAGAUAGAUCGCUAGUUGAGGGUGCAUCUAGCGAUGACUGGAAGCCAAGCAAUUCAGAUCGAGGAAGCGACGACAGUGACGAAUUUUCCGAAUCCGUGGACUCAGAUGCCUCUGCUGAUGCUCAAGGCGAUGAGGAGGAGGAAGAAGUUGAUGAAAGUGGAGAUGAGGAAGGACAAAAUAAGGCCAAUCGCUUAAGGAAACUCAAGGACAAAUCGUCUGACCCAUCAAAGCCUAAGAAACGACGCACAACUGGACCUCUGAAAAGCGCCGAGGACGAGAACACGGAUGAAGAAAUCCAGAGAAACCUCAGCAACGGUGCUUCUGCGUCGCAAGGCCAAGGCCCCCUCCCACCCCUGCCAGAUGUCUUUGGGGGAAAAAAGUUUUACAUUUUUUCUAAGGACUUUGACAUCAAGGAAGAGGAGAUUGUCUACCGACUUAUCAUCACCUUCGGCGGGAAAGUGGAGUCCUACAUGAACAGUGACGUCGAGUUCGUGGUUUCCAGGGCGGCCUGGUGUGAGGACUUCGACGAUGCUCUGAACGUCUCUCCAUCACUCAUUUUUGUCAAACCUGAAUGGAUCUAUGCCUGCGACAAAGCUGGGAAAUUGGUUCCAUUUCAGCGUUAUCAGGUUGUUGGGUAG